AUGAAUAACUUUAAGCCUGAAUUGCUUAACUGCGUACCAAAUUUUGACGGAAAUCCCAACGAUCUCAAUCGAUAUCUUGCUACAUGUCAAAGUUUGAUCGAUAAUUUCUACAUAAUUACCGAACCCAAUAACUUUCAGAAUGUUUAUCUUUUAAAUUGUUUAUUUGGAAAACUAAGUGGAAACGCAAAAUUAGUAAUUAAUGUUAGUAACGUUUCUACAUGGAAAGAAUUAAAAGAAACUCUUUAUCGAAAUUUUGCUGAUCAACGGGAUGAAGCCUGUUUGAAUCGAGACUUAGUAAUGUUACGACAAUCGCCUAACGAAAGUCCUAACCAAUUUUAUGACAAAAUUUUACAUAUUUUAAACCUUUUAUGCUCGUUCGUUGAUAUACACGAGACUGAACAAAAUUCGAAAAAUUUGAAACGCAAACUAUAUACUGAUCUAGCUUUGAAAACUUAUCUUUCGGGUUUAAGAGAACCUUUAGGUACUACCAUUAGGUGUAUGAGACCUACAGACUUACCCACCGCGUUGCAAUAUGUAACACAAGAACACAAUACCAAAUAUCUUCAAAAUUUUCAAAACAUCCCUAAGUUAACAGUGCCAGUUCAUAAACCACCAUCUUUCCAACCCCGAUUAUUCCAAAUGUCUAAAUUUCAACCCCAAAAUUUUCGCAAUAAUUUUCAACCACAAUUUUCGCAAAACACCCCAAGGCAACCUUUUAAUGCAUUUAAUAUGCACACCCCUUAUAACUCUUUUUCAGCACGUCCAAGUUUUCCUUCCCAGCCAAUUCCAAUUCGACCUAAUUUUAAUAAUAUACCACAUAGAUUUCCAACAAAUUCUCAGGUAUUUGGAAAGCCUAAUCAAAAUAGUCAAACCAAUGUUUUUAAGCCGAACCCGAACCAACCCUUUCCCAAACCAACCCCUAUGAGUAUAUCGACGAGGCAAACAAGUAAUAUCAAACCAAACUUUAAUAACAACUAUCCACCACCACAAAAGUUUGUUUCUGAAGAACUCUGCAAUACUCAAAUGGAAAAUGUCAAUCAAAUCGACUAUGAGGAAAAUAAUUUUCAAAAUUUAGAAAAUAACGACGAAAACAAUUAUUACGAAUACGGACAAACAGAUAUGUCUGAAAAUGAAAAUUAUUCAGAACAUCAACAGCAAUUUGAACAAUAUACUCAACCGGACGAAAAUUUUCAGGACACCCUGGUAACGAACACGGAUACUUAA